AACAGACUGUAGGGCACAGAGUCCUGUGUCAUGGAUCUGAUCAGGACAAUCUUUGACAAUAACCACAGUGUAAAGCACUGUUACUUCCUGUUCCUCGGCGAUGCAGGUUUCUGAGAAUCCGCAAUGAGAACCGUUCCAAUUGCAGGAGGAGGCAAAUUACACUGAGAUCCUACCUCCUAGUGACAGUCCUUGAGCUGUCAGAGAUCAGACACAGAUAUAAAGGCUGCUCCUCUCAGGCACAGAAACUGUUACCUUCGCUCCCAGACUCUCCGGUAGAUCACUGCAGCGAUGUGUGAGAUUAUUCUGUUUGAUCAUGAAGGCUGUGCGGGGAAGAGGGAAGACUUCUCCAGUGACACCCCGGAUCUUGGAGUGAAGCUCUUCAGUGGGGUAGCUCGCUCCCUGAAGGUGGAGGGGAACCACUGGGUGGCUUACACUGGCGAGAACUACACCGGUGAGCGCAAGAUAUAUGGGGAGGGAGAGCAUGUGAAACUGGGGCCGUUUGACCUUAAGAUCCGCUCCCUUAAGCUGCUCAACACAGACCUGAGUCACCCCAUCAUCGAAGUGUAUGAACACGUUGACUUCAAGGGGGUAUCGCGCAACGUGGACCAGAGGAUCGAUAACCUGAGGACAGGGGACUUUGAUAAUCUGAUCUCAUCUCACAUCGUCAAGACUGGAGUCUGGAUCCUUUACGAUGGCAUGAACUGUCAGGGGAAAUCCAUGAUCGCGCUGGAGGGGGAAAGAGUGCCAAAUUACUGUGCCAUCGGCUGGAACGACAAAGUCUCUUCCCUGCGCCCCUUGCUGACUUCCGACAAGGAGGUGUGAGACUGACAGCCCCAGAGGAGGUGGGAGGGCGGCGGCGCGAUGGGGGAUUUUAAUACCCUCCCUUGCUUCCAAACAUCCCCCCCCCCACCCCCAAUCCCCUUAAAACCUCAGCUGUGUGAGACAGUCUUUCGCUAAAAUCCCUGAAGCUGCUUUGGAAAACUCCGGAAAAAUGAUAGCUUGGCUGCUGCAACGCGGAAUGAGACCCUUUGGCCCCUCCUGAAACCUCCAGCUGUCCCCAUUCCUGAUCUGCUCACCUUGCUAUGCUCUGCUUGUUCAGCGAUGAAAUAAAAUUGAUGUUUGCAAAGUCA